UAGAUGGGCAGCAUAACGAAGCGAUACCAUCGACUACCUUGGAGAGAAAAAACAUAGAAAAUAGCCGAGUGAAGAACGAAGAAAGACUGAAGAGAAAGGAAAAUGGGAGGAGGAAUGGAGGCUAACAAGAAUCGGUUCAUAGAAGAGUGGAGCUCUGCUCGAGAGAAUCUCGAGUACAACUUUCGCUGGACUCGUCGCAACUUCGCCCUUGUUGGCCUUUUCGGAAUAGCAGUUCCCAUCUUCAUCUACAAGGGCAUCGUCAAAGAAUUCAAUAUGCAAGAUGAAGAUGCAGGCAGGCCAUACAGGAAAUUCCUUUGAACUUUCUUCUUUAAAUUGUUAGUGUGUGGAUAAUAAUUGCCCCUGAAGUAAAACUUUAGGACCUCUUCUACCAUAUCUGGGAAUUGCUUGAUUUUGUUUGUUGAUCAAUGGUAUUGCGUUUCCUAAGAAGUCUCUUUCAAUUGCACCCGAGGCAAAACGUUUUCAAUUAGAACCUCUUUGUACCAAGUUGCUGAGAAUGCUGAAUGUUGUGUGGUUGUUGGCUUGGUUGUACUAUAAUCAUGUUUGAUUCGGCAUGUCUGCUUUGAUAGGGCUGUCUGAACAUAGGAAAAUUGAUAACCCAUUUCGCCUAUUCCUGAUGCCAAAAUCUCCAGGUUGAGUUAUUUCAAAUAUUUCAGUUUGAUUA